CCUACUAUCCUCAUAAAUACCCUCAUGCUUGACUGCUAAGUCCUACUUGACCUGAGCUUCAGACUCCUGUCUCUUCUAAGGAACUGCGCUCAGCAUUAACCAUGAAGGCCUUAUUCCUUCUCUUUGCCAUCUUCCUGAUUUCCUACCAAGCUGUCCCAGGAAAUGCUCAAGGGCCACAUGAUGACACGAUUGCUUGUGGUAGAGGUGGUGGAUCUUGUCAGCCUGUUCCAUGCAGAGGCCUUUCUGUCGAAGCUGGAACCUGCCAAGGAGGGACUAUGAAGUGCUGUAAAUGGCCUCGUUCGCCAUAAAUUUCUGAAAAAGACAGUGAACGAUGAUACAUAGACUGGGAUACAAAGCCAUUUUCCUUGGAUGUAAGCCUCUAGAUAGAACAGAACAUGUAUACUGAAGACAUCUGGUUUUGUCAGUUGUAAGAUCAUUCCUCUGUGCAUUAAAAACAAACAAUCUUUA